AAUUAAAUGUUUGAUAGGUGUUUGUCUUUUUCAGUCAAUUGGCUGUUAUCUUUAUGAUGUUUACUAAUAACAAAUCAUAGUCCAUUUCUUAACUCUCCAUAUUGAAAAGAGGGGAGAAUAUCUGGCCUUUUCUGUGAUGGCUACAUCUAAUGAGUGUCUAAGAACUGGAGAGUUCUGUAUGCUCUCACACACACAUAACAAAUUUCAGUUAAAACGGAAGGUGUUUCAGUUAAAACGGAAGUUGAUUCAGUUAAAACGGAAGGUAUUUCAGUUAAAACGGAAGUUGAUUCAGAUGGAAGGUCUGUGCAAUAAUGUCAGCUCAACCAACUGCUCAACAGCCUUCAAGUAACUUAGCCGAAGCAGCGGCGUUAAUUAACAAUAUAUUGGCCUCAGCGGAGACAAUUAGAACACUUUCUAAUGUCUCAAGUGUUCGGCAGCAGCCGGUCGUUUCCGCGGCUCCAGGUGCAGAUGCAGUCGACAGCCACCUAGCAGCUCUCUUUCCGUCCCGGCAGCGUAGCGGCGUAACGCUGUCCGCUGCGGGUCCAGUCGGGAGGGACUGUGCGCCCCGCUAUCAAGCGCAACAGCACUUCGGCACGUGGACAUCUAAAGGCACGAGGAGAAAAAGAGCUCGGUCACAGCAGCAUGACCAUUUCAACAAGGACGUAAUAUUACUUCCCAAUCCAUCAUGGGGAAUAGUGUGCAGACAAGGUACAAAAUUACGUUUACACAAACAUGGGCACAUCCUCAGUGCCUUUGAAUUCCAGAAGGCCUGGGACCAACAGACUGUUAUGGAACGCAUCAGAGAUAGUUUUGGUGAGCACAUUCCAGAGGAUGUCAGCCUCCAGUUUCUAAUGGCUUGUGGCAAUAAGCUGGUGUCCCCGAAACUCCAGGAGGGCCAGGAGCUGAAUGGGAUGCUAAUCCAUAAGGUUUUUAAAACCAAAGGCCUGUAUGUGAGACCAUCAAGGAUCCUUUUAACUGACUCCGACGAAGAAAAUGAAUGUUCCCACAUCACUACCAGAUCAACAUUAAGCAGUUGUGUAACAGUCAAGGAUGAUGACUGUUUGGAAGUUGAUGGUCCACAAAUCUACACUGGCAGACCUAGCACCACCAACGUUGCUACAAGUGAUGGAGGAAUGAGAAGUAAGGAUGACCCUACUAGCAGUCAUGAUGGAGAUGGCAACCCUGGCACUAGCAGUGGUGAUGAACAUGGCUAUGGCAUCAAACACGCCAACAGCAGUGUUGUUGAAAGGCCUACAGCAAUGCAAGGAAGUGGCACUAGUGGCCACGAUGGAGGUUGCCUUGCAAGAAAUGAUGGCAACCCUGGCACAAGCAGUCAUAAUGAAGACUACUCUUCAUAUUUAACACUUAUGGCUGCUCUUCCUGAUGACUAUUCAGAUGAUGAGGAAUUAAACCAGGCUAUAAUUGCCAGUAUGGAGAGUCAAACUGCAGAAAACGCCCCGGUUCAAGAGAUACUGCUGGAACUCUCAAGCAAAAUAAGCACAAAACAACAAUGCAAAUUUAAUAUAAAUCACUCUGCUGUCUGGGACGGAGCUGUGAGAGGAUUCCAAAGGGUGUCCUAUGACCCCAACUUGAUGAUCACUGUAAAAUUCUCAGAUGACAUGGGGAGAAACGAGGAAGGGAUUGAUUUAGGAGGGCCAAGGAGAGAAUUCUUGAGGCUGCUGAUGGAGACCAUGGCCAGGUCACCCAUGUUUGAAGGAAAUGAAAACAGCAAGAACUUUGCUCUUGACAGUGCUGCUCUAAGAGAGGACCGGUACUACACAGCUGGCAGAGCCAUUGCUGUAAGCUUGGUACAUGGCGGUCCGCCACCAAACUUCCUCUCACCAACAGUAUAUUCUCUUCUGGUUAAUGGUUCAGCAAAACCAGUGCUAGAAGACAUAGCUGACAUGGAACUUUUGGAAAAAGUCAAAAAGGUAUCUGAAAGUACUACCCUUGAGGAACUUGAGAUGUCAAAGGCCCCGCUGCUUGACUACUUGGCCAAUGCAGGAUGUCUGAGGCCGAUGCGAUCAAUAAGAGACAGGGACUUGCUGGUAGAUGACAUUGUCAUGUUCCAGGUCAUCCACAGGGUUCAUGGUCCAUUUCAAAGGUAUUCAGAGGUGUUGGUUGUUUGGAGUCAGAUUAUUCAGAAUAGCAAUCAGAAUUUUACCCAGAGGUGGGAUCAAGUCACUGUUAGGCAAGUCACAAGCAAGUCUCAAGUCAUUGCCCUCGAGUCCCGAGUCAAGUCGAGUCAAAGACGAAGCAAGUCCCAAGUCGAGUCACAAGUCACAGCCAACAAGUCUCAAGUCGAGUCACAAGUCGUACCAUUUUAGUUUCGAGUCAUUUCGAGUCAUUUUAUUAUAGUGGGGACGGGGAACCCUGGGUGAUGGUGCGCUGCCUCACAGACCUAGACUACGAAGGGAAGGGUAAUGGUGGAUCGACUGUGACUGUGUUAUAGUGCUGUAACGCUCACCCCAAUGCUGCAGCGUAAAUAAGGAGGCGAUGACUGGCUUGCAACUCCGCUGCAUUUAUUUAUAUAAAACAACUCAACUUCGGUCACUUGGCCGUCAC